AAGCAGGCUGUGACAUGCACAUCUUGGAGCAAGACCGGUGUGAUUAGUUGCUUCUUAUCUCAUUACAACUGACGACAUGAGGCUCAAUUACCUUGAGUCGCCUUGGAGCUGGUGUCCUGCUGCAGACGCCCACGAGAAAUGUUCGGGGACAGCGGGUCAAAUGACCAUACCUUUCGCUGUAGUUUAUUUACCAGGAAGCCAGGUAAGCGAUAGAUUUUACCUGCCAUUUUCAAUAUGCCAGGUGAAGUAACCAAAGACCAAGUUAUCCGAACGCUCGGUAACGCCAUUUCUCCCUUUAAGCAAGCUCUCUUAUCGUCCAAAGCCAUUCAAGAUUUCUCUGGCCUUCCUGAUGCCUUCCCUGUAGUCGCUGGGCACCUCCAGUUCAUCUACGAGACGAUCAAAUCAAUGCGUGAUCGCCUUGGGAAGAACAAAGAGACCCAAGAGACCAAAGAGAAGUAUGCGCCCAUGAACCAAUUUGCCGAAAUGUGCGUCAACCAGGCCGGUUAUCUCAAGAAUGUCUUCGAGGAUGUCAAAAACACCGACGAUCCCGCCCUGAAACUGGAACGAUACCGCGAGACUGCAGCCAAAGCCGACGGCCUUAAGAUAGAGAGCGUAAUGCAGAACUUGCUCAAGCAGGCAGUCAACGCAGCGGUUGAGCCUUUGGUUAGUAACGAGCGAAUCAAGCAGCUCCAGGAGGUUCAAAAGGAAGUUGCUGCGCUAGAGCCGUCUUUGAAAGACGAACCUAAGGGAACGACGACGCUGAACAAUCAUGGUUCAGGGAGCCAAUUCCUCCACCAUGGAAAGGGUAACCAAAACCACUGCACUGGAGGAUAUCAGAUUACAGGGGACGGCGCCACCAACCACUUCUCGUCAGACAAGCAGAGGUCCACGGGAUGAGCAUAAUACUACGGACCCAGAUAAGCACUACCUAGGUAGUCAAACACAUAUUCUAAGGUGGUCGUUUUCCGGGCGGAACCGAUUCGUAGUAACAAUAGGUAGAAAAGAUUUCGUUCAUUGGAUAUCAUUUCAUAAACUGUGCAACAGCUUCUACAUAUAUUCUAUUUUUCCUAUCAUAUGUGCA